ACGGGAUCGUACUAAACGGUAGCACGGCCAGAACGCGCAUUCACCUGAGAACAUCAAUUCCAGACAAUAUCUCAAGUGAACGAUCGCCUGUACCAUCAAGGAACCUCGGUGAACGCCUAGACUCCUCAACAAUUACAAAUCCCAUCCGCACUACCCUUUCACAUUCUACUCAAGACACCGGAAUCGCGCCAUCAAGUUCUUGCGCCAAAAAGAUUCAGCGCCAUCAUCUCCUAUCAGCCAAUCUCAUCGCGGCAGGCAAUUCUACCGCCAGAAGCAGGACGCAGCAACAACGUGUAACGGCGCUCGUCUCACGAGCCUCGUACUGCAUCGUCUGUCGGUCCCAACAAGUUAAGCAACUUGUGUGCUUGUGCCCUGGGAAUAGCGAUUGCGCUUGAGUCUCCAGCUCUUGGCUCAGUCAGACCCUGUUCGGGGUGAAGCGUUUGGAAGCGGCUAAAACCCAAUUACCAACUGCUGGCCGUCUAAAGGGCAAGGAAGCAGGCAAGUGAAAGUUAAUCGGUGACAAAGCUGGUGUGGUGUGACCAAUACCAAGGCAUUCAAAAUUUGUAACAGGUGAGUUGUGAAUUUUCCUCUUGGUUGUCUCUCCCUUUGUUUGGUCGCAGCAAAACAACACCAAUUCCGUCAACCCAGUCCCGUCCGUCUCUGUAAUCCUUUCCGCGGCUGUCGCCAAAUUCUCUCAAUGCAACCGACGAUGAUAAGCUUCUCUCCUAAGCUAUUCUGUAUUAGCCUUUGAUAUCGGCAGUUUGUCUGGGCUAUCACAGGAUUAGGAUAUUCCUGGACUGGCCUGGCCGAUGAUCCUCAGCCAUGUGCAGGAUCCCGCUUAUAGGAAUCCCUGAUUCAGCGGUAAUCGCAGACGAGAGGUCUCACGUAGUUAGGUAGUCAGUCCUUGGUUGGUCGAUUGAUUGAUUGAUUGGCUUGACUGGUUGCAGGACAAAUUGCAUUAGUUGGCCGUUUAUCUUCAGCCUCGCAUCCUUCAAGCUUCAAGCUCAAGUCGUCUUUUCACCAAUGAAGAGUCACCGACACUACCUACACUACAAAAGUCCAGACUCCAGCCUAUCCUGUCCUAUCCUAUCUCGCCAACGGCAAUCGCCACCAACAUCCGAGCUGUACUUGCCCUGUCCUGCCUCUGGCCCUGCCUGUUCCUUCCAGCCAAUCCCUUGUUAGGUGGCUCUUGGCUCCUGCUCCUGCUCCUGCUGUCUCACUCCAGUCGUGCUUGCCCCAACGAAUUGAGCUUAUUUCAGCCUUGUCAACACCAAAAACUGCAAACUUGUCUUCCAAUCACUUUCCUCUUCUGUCAUCCAACUCAUUUAACUUCACAUAUUUAAGUUUUCGCGAUCUUCCCUGGGACCCCAGAACUCCUUGAACUCUAUCCUGAUACAAAUACAACCCACCCUUCACUUCGCAUGCCACUAAUUAUUUCCCACUUUCCUUAUCUUGUUUCUACCAUCCACCCCAGGCCCCGCCAGUGCGGGCAUCUAUCAUCAUGGGUUCGCGUCCACGUCGCUCAGCGGCCACUAAGGCCAAUGAAGUCAUCUCUGUUCAUGCCAGAUGGGCUGACUCUCCAGAAAGAAGCGAAAGAAGCAUGUCGUCACGACGAUCUGGUCGCGCCUCAGGCGUGUCCGUCUCCCGAGAUGAUGCCUCAUCACCAGGUGGCGAUCGUCAUUUGAGUUUGACUGUCAAACUUCCUUCCAACAAACUACGACAGGCUACACGCGGGGAGCGUGGCUUUGAAGGUGGAGAAAUCGUAUCCGGAAAGCGGAAUCGAGGAGCUAAGAAAAGUUAUGUGGUUGACUCAAGCCCCGACGAAGAUGAAGAGGAGGAAGAGGAGGCAGAGAUUGAGGUGGAGGAAGAUGAUGACGAUGAGAUGGAUGUUGAUGCUGAGGGUGAGGAGGAUGCUGAGGGGGACAUCGAUAUGGAUCUAGCUCCCCCGACCAUCACUGUUUCCAAACCAGCCCGGUCCAAGCCAGCACCUCGAGCAUCGGCUGCCAAGGUCAUUCAGGAUGAUGAUGACGACGACGAGCUUAGUGACCCCGCUGAUAGCGACGCUGGAGACGAGACUAUGGGUUUUGGUGAUGAGACCAUGGCUGACGAUGGUGACGAGGAUGCUGAAGGCGAGGAGAUCGAGGUCGCAGGCCAAGAAGGAGAUGAGGAUGACGAAGACGAAGAAGAUGAGGAAGAAGAUGAUGAAGGCGACGGAGGCGACGACGACGACGAUGAUGACGAAGAUGGUAACCCAGACGAGUCUGUCGAUCUCACCAAAAUGACAAAGCGGCAACGAGCUCGAUUUGAAGAUGACAACGCGCAUCAGUACAUGAAGCUGUCAGAUGAGGUACAAGCGAAGAAGGUUUUUACAGCUGAGGAAUUGUCCAUGCGUCGACAGGAGAUGGCCCGGCGGCGCCGCAACUUGAGUGAAAAGCGAAAUGAGGAAGUAAAGAUGGAAACGAUCAACAAACUCCUUAAAAAGCAAGCUCCCAAGAUCAACCGCAAGGCUGCAGCUGCUGGCGCCGGCGGUUCAGAAGAUUCGAACAAGCCUGAUCCUGUCUUCGUUCGGUGGGUCAGCAACAAAAAUGGCGUUCGAGUGGCAGUGACAGAAGAGAUGCUUGACAGCCCGGCCGGCCAGCUUUUUAAGCCUGCAUCUAAACAGGCACCGGGUAAGAUGGUCCAGGAAGUUGCUUAAGGAGGCGUCAUCGUGUGUUUAUUGAAUACCGACUCCUGGUAGUUCAAUGCAUUUCGAGCACCCAGGCAGAUCAUAAUUCAGUUGGUUUAUCUGAAAUAUCGAAACGUGAAUUUCAAGAAGAAUUCAAAGGGAAUCUUUAAGUGGUUUUUUAUUUGUCUUGGCCGUACGGAUACACAUAGAUAAUAUUACUUGGCUUUGGGCCACUCAUCCAACCCCACUAACAUUCCUGCAACCACUCUAUAUAAAUUGAUCCAACACGUAAUGGAUAUGCAAGCUCUU